UGCAGAUUAUCUUCCUGGAAAGCAUCGCUCUCUGUAUGUAAAGAACAUCUCGCUGAGUUGCUGCAACUGAGUUUAGAAUGUUGCUUGACUUGUGAUUCUGAUGGAGGAAUAACCAGAGGUCAGGCUGCUGCACUGGAAGACUUUACAGGAAAUACAAAAUGUCAUCGAAUAGGAGUCAGAACCCGCAUGGACUUAAACAGAUUGGUCUUGACCAGAUAUGGGAUGACCUAAGAGCUGGAAUUCAACAGGUUUACACCAGACAAAGUAUGGCAAAAUCCAGAUACAUGGAACUCUACACUCAUGUUUAUAACUACUGCACCAGUGUACACCAGUCUAAUCAAGCACGGGGAGCUGGAGUACCUCCUUCUAAAUCAAAAAAGGGUCAGACGCCUGGAGGUGCUCAGUUCGUUGGCUUGGAACUGUACAAGCGGCUAAAAGAAUUUCUGAAGAACUAUUUGACAAAUCUCCUGAAGGAUGGUGAGGACUUGAUGGAUGAGAGUGUGCUGAAAUUCUACACUCAGCAGUGGGAAGAUUACAGGUUUUCAAGCAAAGUAUUGAAUGGGAUAUGUGCCUACCUCAAUCGACAUUGGGUUCGUCGUGAGUGUGACGAAGGUCGUAAAGGAAUAUAUGAAAUCUAUUCGCUUGCCUUGGUGACCUGGAGAGACUGCUUAUUCAGGCCAUUAAAUAAGCAGGUAACAAAUGCUGUGUUGAAAUUGAUUGAAAAGGAAAGGAAUGGUGAAACUAUCAAUACAAGGCUGAUCAGUGGAGUUGUACAAUCUUAUGUGGAGCUGGGGCUGAACGAAGAUGAUGCCUUUGCAAAAGGACCUACACUAACUGUCUAUAAGGAAUCGUUCGAAUCUCAGUUUCUUGCUGACACUGAGAGAUUUUAUACACGAGAAAGUACUGAAUUCUUGCAGCAAAACCCAGUCACAGAGUACAUGAAGAAGGCUGAAGCUCGCCUGCUUGAGGAACAGCGUAGAGUUCAGGUGUAUCUCCACGAGAGCACGCAAGAUGAGUUGGCACGAAAAUGUGAGCAAGUACUUAUUGAAAAACACCUGGAGAUAUUUCAUACGGAGUUUCAGAAUUUGUUGGAUGCUGACAAAAACGAAGACUUGGGACGCAUGUAUAACCUUGUAUCUCGAAUCCAGGAUGGCCUUGGAGAGCUGAAAAAACUUUUGGAAACCCACAUUCAUAAUCAGGGUCUAGCUGCAAUUGAGAAGUGUGGAGAAGCUGCUCUAAAUGCAA